AUGGCAUCCUUUCUCUUCUCUUUCCUUCUUGCCUUGCUCUUCACACCGUCCUUCUGCUUCCAACUCCGUGAUGUUAACACCGGCUCCAUGCCUCCGCUCCCGUCCAUCGGCCACCACCUCUCCUCCGCCCUGACUUCGCUUGGCUACACGCAGCUGGCGUCUGCCAUCCCUUCCUUCUCCGACUCCUCUCUAUUCUCCGCCUGGAACCUCCCCGUCACGGUUUUCGUUCCUGUGAACGACUCUAUCGACGCCUCCACCUUCCUCAUCAACGAGCACACCGUCCCUGGCAGCUUCACCUUUCAGUUCCUCUACAAGCUGAAGCCGCACAGCGUCCUCGGCACCAUAAGCCCCGGCCGGUGCCUCGCCUUCACUCACCAGGACAACGCCACCACCAUGGCCGCCAUUCUUGUGAACUCCGUCCCCAUCGUGGAACCCGACAUGUACAACGAUGGUACCCUCGUUGUGCAUGGGAUUCAAGCCCCAAUUGCCCCACUCCCGCCCUCCUCCUGCGACCUUCCCACCCCAACCGCCGAUAUGCCAUUUCCACUCGGACCCUACGCCCAACCGUCGACUACGUCCGUCGUGAGUCUGAUGCUCCGCCACGCGAUGCUGAGCCUCAGAGAGAACGGCUACAGCAUUCUGGCGCUCGCCAUGCGGAUCAGGUACCCCGAUCUCGUGCGCCUCCAGAACAUGACGGUCUUCGCCCUCGACGACGGCGCCAUCUUCUCCGGCGGCCACGCCUACGUCCACAACGUCCGAUUCCACAUCGUGCCGAACCGCUUCCUCACCCACGCCGACCUCAUGGCCAUGCCGCUGGGCACGGUCUUGCCGACGCUGGCCAGAGGGGAGAGGCUAGUCGUCACGAGCACCGGCGACGGCGUCCGGAUUAAUUACGUGCCCAUCCGGUCGCCGGACGUGCUCGUCAACCUCCACGUCGUGGUGCAUGGUGUCUUCCUUCCGUUCCCUCACCUCCUCCAUCCCUUCCCAUCCGGCGCAUUAGGCGAAGCAGCCUUCCAGGCACCCGCCGCCGCUCCGCAAGAGGAGGUGCCACGAGGGGAUCCCUUUCCCGGUUCGAGCCCCUCGCCCUCCGAUUUUCUGGAGGAUGAUGUUCUCUGA